UCUAAGAGAAGUGUUAUUAAAAUAUGGCCUCGAUAGUGAUGGUAUUGAAUCCAUCCCGCUAUUCAGCCUCCCAACCUACGAGGUUCAAGACAAUGAUAAGCAUUUUGCACAUUGCAUGGCUGAGAUUUUAGUCCGAUUGAGAGAUUACGGGUCAUUGCUCGUAGAUAGUUUAGAAAGCAUGCGGAACGAAUACGUUGUGGCAUUACUCCAUUCUGCCCUUCAUAUCGUACGAGACGAUACACAAAAGCAGUUUAGUAUGAGACCGCAAUACGAGGUUACGGGGGAAAAAAGUACAGGCCGAGUCGAUUACGCCAUCAAGGUAUAUAUUGAAAGUUUAGCAGUAAAAAUUGCCGAGUAA